AUGGUUACAUUUUUUAAUUAUACACCUACUUAUCUGGAUCAUGUUUUCUCCAGUACCGUAUACUUGUGUUUAUUGUUUUGUAUUAUUAUUUUUUGUUCGCAGCAGUCCUGGAAAAUUUUGCUUUUACGUUAUUUCAAUCCAGUCGGGGCACACGAAUCUGGCCGAAUAGGAGACGACCCGAAGGGAGUUCCAGCCCAACUCAUUCCUUUCAUCUGUCACGUGGCUGUUGGAAGACAACGAGAAGUGCAAGUGUUUGGGAACGACUAUGACACACGAGACGGGACAGCAAUACGUGACUACAUCCACAUUGUAGACGUCGCCUCGGGUCAUCUCAAUGCGCUUAACAAGCUUCUGGAUACUGGCUUCUCAGGCUGGAAGGCCUACAAUCUGGGUACAGGAAAAGGGCAUACUGUGAUGGAGAUCUUAGAAACCUUCGAAAAAGUUUCUGGAAAAACAAUACCUCGCCACGUUGUGGCGCGUCGAUCGGGUGACGCUGUUGCAGCUUAUGCAGAUCCUAUUCUAGCAGAAAAGGAACUUGGGUGGAAAGCUACAAGGGGAUUGUUGGAAAUGUGUAAGUGUCACUGUGGUUAUCUUGAAAUGCUACAAAGGGAUUGUUGGAAAUGUGUAAGUGUCACUGUGGUUAUUUUGAAAAGCUACAAGGGGAUUGUUGGAAAUGUGUAA